ACCUUGUGUCACAGUACAUGGCCAAGUCCUAAACCCUGUGGACAAGUUCACCUACUUGGGCAGUACCAUGUCACGGCAGGCAAACAUAGAUGAGGAAGUGAACGGCAGAAUCUCUAAGGCCAGCAGUGCUUUUGGGAGACUUAGACGCAAUGUCUGGGACCGAAGGGGAAUCAAGCUCAGCACAAAACUUAAAGUCAUUCACACCCUCAUAGAGAAAGCCCAAGCAAGGUGGGCAGGACACGUCCGACGGAUGAACGACAGCCGCAUACCCAAAAUGCUGCUGUAUGGGGAACUGGCUGAAGGCAAAAGGCUAGCGGGCCGCCCCAAGCUCCGCUUCAAGGACAGCCUCAAGGCAACUCUGAAGAGCCUCAGCAUUCCCGUCGAAAACUGGGAGGACGCUGCCACUGACCGUCACCAUUGGCGCAGACUAGUCCACCAGGGCGCCGAUGCUGAGCGUCGUCGCAUCAACCUGGCUGUCAGUAAGCGGGAGGCACGAAAGGCGAGGGAGAAAAACCCGUCUCUGCAGCCACCACCUGAGCACAAGUGUGACGUCUGCGGCAGGUGCUUCCGUGCUAGAAUUGGACUCGUCAGCCACACCCGGACACACAAGGACUGAAGUUGGGGUCAUCAUCGA